CUUUCUGCAGGGCACGUGCGUGGGAUCGUGUGGAGAAAGUGCAGGGGCAGAAGGGCUGUGCUGGAUGCCCAGGGAACGUGAGGAGGAAAAUGCUGCAUCUCAGAGAAGAGAAGCGGGAGCUGCAGGAGAGGCUCUGUGGGCUGGAGCUCCAGAUGCGCUCCGUGCUGCGGCAGAGGCAGGAGGCCCUGGGGCAGCUGCGGGCAGUGCUGUGGAAGGAGAGGACGGCUGCACUCCAGCAGCUGCAGGAGAGCUUGGAGAAGGUGAAUGGGGCCAUCUGUCAGGAGAACUGUCACCUGCAGGAGCUGGCAGCCCCAGGAGCCCUGAAGGAGCCACCGACCCCAGCCAGAGCACUGCGGGAUGCAGAGAUCACUGUGCCUGGCCUCCAGCAGCACCAACGUGGGGUCCCAGGGGUCCUGCACCACAUCCAGCGCUGUCUGCGGGAGCUGCAGGUGAAUGACUUCAGUGUGCUGGGAGCAGAGCUGGGCACUACAGCAAGUGAGGAGAGGUUCCUGAUGCCACCUCUUGCUGUUCCUCCAAGCCCCAAUGGGAACAAGCUCACUGCUACGAUCAGGACUCGAGAUGAAGCAUGGAGGAGAAAGCCCAAGGAGAGUUUCUCUGCGUGCGAGGGGGGAAAUGAGAAUUUCGUGCAGUACUGAUUGCUGCACUUCCUUGGAGGAGGAGAGAGGGAGUGGAAAUGGAAAUCUUCGUCUGCUUUCUUCCCAAUCAAAAUAAAAAUGUUUCCUCAUGAUGUUUUUCUGGACUGGGGAGAUUUCUGAAUUCACUUGUGGUGCACAGCUCUGUUUAUAAGCUCCCUUCAGGUACUGGAAGGCUACAGUGAGGUCUUCCCAGAGCCUUCUCUUCACCAGGAUACCCAAAAAUGUGAUAUUUCUGCUUCACCUCAUGCUUGGAAGGUCUGGGAUUCUGAUGCAACCUUGAAAUCACCCAGUGCAAUACAUGUCCCUGGGGAAGGCAAUGCAAGACCCUUGAAACAGAUGUUUAACAUACCUAAAACUGAAUGAAAAACCAUUGCUCUGUGCCAGGAAUGAUGGCCUAGGAUAUAGAUUUAAAAGAAAAAAAAAAAAUGCUAUUUUUGUAAUUAUUGUGGGAAGUUCUGUUGGAGUAACAUGUAAUUAUAGAAACUGCCCUCUGGUACAAGCCACUGUUCGAACUCUGAUGGAUGAGAGCUGCUCAUCUCCCCAAGGAAAAUGAGAAGUUCAGUCUGGGAAGGCAAAGCUAUUUGUACUGUGAUAAUGGUGACUGUGAUUAUAUGGCAAAGGUGCCUGGGACUGAACUGGUAACAGUAAAGGACUGAGGGUGUU